UUUGUAGAUUGUAUUUUGACAAGUCUUACCGGAAGUGUCACCCCCAGCAAAAAACACAGGAGGUAAACAAAUGUAGUUAACAGCUUUAACCUGCGGUGAUAGACCAGUUUAGCUGAAUAUUAUGGAGCCGUUUAAGGUGGAAACAGAAAUGAUCAUCUUGGUGCUGUGAAAGGCAGAGGGAGAAGGCAGCAGUCAGUGUGUGGUGCCAGAUGGAGAAUGGAGACCUGGGUCACAUGAUGGGGGAGCCAGUAAGUCUGAACGUGGGCGGCUGCGUUUACAGCACGUCUCUGUCCACCCUGAAGCGUUACCCGGACUCCAUGCUGGGCGCCAUGUUCAGAGGAGACCUCCCAACGGUGAAGGACUCCCACGGAAACUACUUCAUUGACCGCGACGGACCGCUGUUUCGCUACAUCCUCAACUUCCUGCGAACGUCUGAGCUCACGUUGCCAUGUGACUUCAAGGAGACGGAGCUGCUCCGGAAAGAGGCAGAUUUCUACCAGAUCGAGCCCCUGAUCCAGUGUCUGGGAGACCCAAAACCCCUGCUGCCAUACCCCACCGACACCUACGAGGAGGUGGUGGAGCUUUCCAGCACCAGGAAGCUCUCCAAGUACUCCAACCCCGUUGCAGUCAUCAUCACCCAGCUCACCAUCACUACUAAGGUUCAUGCAGUAUUGCAGUCCAUCUCCAGCAGUUUCACCAAGUGGAACAAACACAUGAUGGACACCAGAGAUUACCAGGUGUCCUUCACGUUUGGACCAUGCGACUACCAGCAGGAGGUCAGCCUGCGUGUCCACCUGCUCGAAUUCAUCUCCAAAGCAGGUUUCACAAUAAGAAACACCCGGGUUCUUCACAUGAGCGAACGAGCCAAUGAGAACACAGUGGAGCAUCACUGGACGUUCUGCCGACGAGUUCGGAAAGUUGACGACUGAUGGACGGGAUGGACUUCUGGGACUGGUGGUGUCUGCAGACACAAACUGAUGUGUUGGUUGGGUUCUAUUAGAUAUUGUUGAUGUUACAGAACCAUCAGUUGGGUCUGAAGCUGAGCCCUCGGAUACUGAACGCCAGGGACAUAAAGGACAAACAAACUCUUUAAUACUCGUAUCUUUGGUUCUGUGUCAUGCAGGGGUGGAAAUUUAAAUUUCCUUUCACUUCAUACUAUAACAAGCCACCCGUUUUUAUAAUAUUUGUCUAAGUUCUAAAAAACAAUCAUAUUACGGUAAGUUUUAUUUAUUGAAGAAUCGCGUGGUUAUUUGUUGCUAAUCCACACAAACUGGUGCUGGUGCUGGAGUGCUGCCGACAUUAAUGAAACAGUUUAUACCCAUGUACUUAACCAUUGCAUAUUGGUUUAGUUUCAUUAUUUUAUUAAUUAUAGAGAAGAAGUACCAUAAAAUAAAUGAAACUUCACUUAUUUAUUUAAUUUAUUUUGCAUUAUUUUCAGAAGAUAUUAUAUUUCCUUUUAUCAUUUUAUGGUGAAAUCAGACUUCAGACGACCCUAAUAAAACCAAAAUAUCUCUGAAGGGAA